AUGGGCUCAGGCCAUUUAUUUACAGCCUACAAAACCGCCAAAUCAAUUUGGACCAUCUUAAUCCUAACAGCCUCAACAAAUCCAACCCAAUUAUCUCACUGUCGAAACCGCCAGCUCACCUCUAACGUCAAUAUUCCCAAAAAUACCCCACGCAAAACGACAAAACCCGUUCCCGACCGUUGCCCCCAACGACCAUUCAAACUCUUAGCCCCCUCAUCACCGUCCAUUCUUCCCUCCGCCCAAACAAAUCCCAACCGUCCAACCUCCAUUCAAAUCUCAAAAUCCCCCCUCCUCCAUCCCUCACGAUCCCAAAAAAAAUGGUCUCCAAAAUCACCAAAAGAUCCCAGAAAACCCCCGCAAAGUCCCCUCUUUGCCGGCGGACCCCGCCGCCGNUCCCCCUCCUCAUCGACCCCCGAAUCCCUCGGGUUCACCCGAAUCAAACCCGUCGACGCGGCCCAAAACCCGCUCCCUCCCUCCUUCUCCCCUUCGAAAAUGACCCUCUUCCUCGACCUCGACGAGACCCUGGUCCACUCGAAGACUGACCCGGCACCUAUUAACUACGACUUCGUCGUCUUCCCCAGAAUCGACGGCCAAAUCGUCCCCUUCUACGUGCUCAAAAGACCCGGAGUCGACCAAUUCCUGAAAAUGGCGGCGACGAAAUUCGAAAUCGUUGUAUUCACCGCUGGAUUGGAGGAGUAUGCUUCGCGGGUUCUCGAUCUAUUGGACCCGAAAGGGGAGGUGAUAGCGCACCGGCUGUAUCGGGAUUCGUGCAGGCAGAUCGGGGGGAAGUAUGUGAAGGACUUAUCGGAUCUUGGGAGGGAUCUGGGUCGGGUUGCGAUCGUGGACGAUAACCCGAUGAGCUUCUCGUUGCAGCCGGAGAAUGCGGUGAGGGUGAAGCCCUUCGUGAGUGAUCCUGAGGAUGAGGAGUUGAAGAGAGUUAUGGAGUUUUUGGAUGUUGCAGUCAAGUUUGAGGAUGUGAGGGAUGCUGUUAAGUUUUUUGUGGGGGGCGUGGUGGGGGAGCCUGUGGGUUGAUCUAACAACUCAGAGAUGAUGCAUUCAGGUGCUUCACUGAAUGAAUGUGGGGUUUAUAGAGACUGGAGAUUUGGGAUUGGGAUUGGAUUAUUUGUUGUUGUUGUUGUUGUUGUUUGUAUUGUGGAACAAGACUCGAUUGAGGAAUUGGAUAUAUUUGAUUUGAUAUGAAUGAAAUUACUCAAGAGUUACUCUGGGAAAAUUGAUUGUUUCU